AUGGUUAGAUCAGAGAUGGUCAACUUCUUCAAACAGCAGCAGCAGCAACCCCACCACCAGCAGCAGCAGCAACAGCAGCAGCAGCAGCAGCAGCAGCAGCAGCAGCAGCAGCAGCAGCAAGUAGUAUCGUACUAUAGGAGUAGUACAGUGGACAUACAGUGCAAGGAGUGGGUAUUUAAGGCUCGCUUAUUUAGAUUACAUAUUGGUGAUACAAUUGAGCAUUGUAUUGUUAAGGAAGUUAAGGCAGACCCUGUUGCUCGAUCAAUUAGCUUCCUAGGGUUUGAGCGUCAUUAUGAGGGUUUUGUAUCCGAAGUGUUUAUACCCCUAACCCUUCUUGGUCUUAUGGCUUGUCCUGCUUACCAUAAAGGUUACCAUGUAGAGUUAGCUCGUCCUACAGUACCUGUACAAUUUGUAGGAAAAGAACCUCCUCCUCCUUUCUUAGUUGAUGUAUCUAAUCUACAUUACUCUCCUCCUUAUUCAGCUAUUACUCUUGAUUCUCUUCAGAGCCAACUUCCUGCUGAUGGUACAGCGCGGUUUUCUCCAUCUAUAAACCCUAAAGAAGAAAUUGCUUGGGCAUAUGAGAUAGGAACGCUACCUGAGGUCCCUCUUCCUGCUGAUUAUAAAGACCCUAACUUUAUUGAUCCCAGCAAAGAGCUGGUGGAUUAA